CCUCAGAACUCAGAGAUCCACCUGUCUCUGCCUCCCAAGUGCUUGCUGGGAUUAAAGGCGUGGGCCGCCACCACCCAGCUUAUUGUUCUUAUUGUGUGUUUUUGUGCACAUGAAUAGAAAGGCCAGUAGAGGAUGCGGGAGCCCGUGGAGCUGCCAGGGAUUGUGGAUGCUAGAAAUGAAACUUGGGUCCUGUGCAAGAACAGUGUGUGCUCUGAACUGCUGAGCCGUGUUCCAGCCCCAGGACUGUGUUUGAACAGCUAUGCUAGGAUUAUAACUAGGUCCAAGCCCACAACCAUUUUUUGUGCCUGGUUGUGCCCCCAGACAUCUUUACUCCUAGAUUUGGCCACUGAAGUUUUCAGACUAGCAUUUUACCAGACAAGGUUUCCUGAGCUGACCCCACAAUUCAGUUCAAGCAAUCCUGCCUCAGCCUGAGGAGCUGCCGCUCUAGGAACAGAGGCAGUGGCAUCUAGUUUCUGAGUAAGAUUCUCAUCUCAGCCAGCAAGUAGAACUGUCAUUGAAGAACAAUGGAAACCGCCUCUUAGACCUUGCUCUUCAGGGCUCUCAGCAUCCUCUGCUCCAAUUCAGAAUCCCUUUUGCAUCCGGACGAGUUCGAGCAUGGAGGAAAGGCUGUUCUGGGUGGCUGGCCGGAAGCCUUAUUUUCCCUGAUCAAGGGACUGCACAGUGUACCGAGCCACCCAACUCCAAAGAGCCUGUGCUGUGUUGGUGAAACCCUCCCCAGUGCUGACACAAAUCUGGGUGUGGCAUGCAGCCUUGUACUGGGGCAACCUCUGCACACCAGGUAGGAGGUCUGAGGCAAGGACCCCUACCUGGGCCGGAGUGGACUUGAAAAACCGCUUCCCACCCGGCGGCCCUCGGCCUUCCUGCGUUUCGCUCUAAAUGGAGGCUCUGCUGAGCCACGGUGUCUGCGCGCCCGUGGUGACGGGGCGUUCCCGCGGGCUAGCAGGACCGUCGGGCCGCCAUCCCCGCCCCUGCACAGGCCCCAACCCCGCCUCCGCAGCGGCCGCUUUACGGCGGAGGCCGUGCCACGCUGUAGGCGGCCGUAAAGCCUGGAGGCGGCACCGCCUCUCGCGGCUGAGCCCUGGCCCGGCGCCCGCACCAUGGCGGGCGCUUCCUCGCGUGUGCACUACCUGUCCGACUUCUGCUGCCCGCUCGGAGGCCGGGCGGGGGGCAAGCCGCAUGUGCUGCGUCAUGAGGCGGAGAUCUUUCUGUCCACAGGGCGCGAGUUCGUCUAUGUGUACGACCAGGAGGGAGGGAUGCUGACGGCGGUGUACCAGUUUCCCGACCAGGUGUGGCACCUGCAGCUCCUGGCCAUCCGCAGGGCUCUCUACGUCCUGUGUGCACGGACUGGCAUCUACUGUCUGUCGUUGGACUCCCAGAGCAGGUCUGUGAUCCAGGCCUGUGAGGACAAAGAGGAUGAGGCUCGCCCUUACCCUGUGAUCCCUGUGGACCCAGAUGCCUGUGUCCUCCCCGAUGCUGCUCUCUGUGCCUUCACUGUGCUGGAUGACAUGCUGGUCACCCUGGUACAGGGCCCCACCCAGUGGAAGAUGCAGCUCUUUGAGCGUCCCUGUCCAGGGGAGGAGCCUCAGCCUGGAGGCGUGGUUGGUGAGGUGGAGUUGUCUACCUGCACCCCUCCAGGUGGGGUGCCGGGGAAGCCUGCAGCACCCUGCUUCCUGCCGGUGCUGUGCUGUGUGUUCCCGCCAGGCUCCAGGGCACCUCACGGCCACCCGCGGGGCUGUGGCUGCUUCGUGCUAGAGGAGGCUCUCUUUGGCCUACUCUUUGGAGCUGAUGCCAGCGUCCUGCAGUCCCCUGUGAUCCUCUGCGGUCUUCCUGAUGGCCAGCUUUGCUGUGUGGUUCUGAAGACCUUGGUCCCUUGUGGGUUAGCCCCUGGUGACCCAAAGGUCCUGGUCAAGAUCCUCCAUCACCUGGAGGAGCCUGUGGUCUUCAUUGGGGCUCUGAGGGCAGAGCCACAUGCUGAGGAAGAGGCAAGAGAGCUGCUGCUUGAGGAGAAUGUGCACUCUGACUGCCUGGUAGCCCUUGGCCACCAAGGCCGGACACUGGCCAUCAAGGCCAGCUGGAGUGAGUCAGGGAAUCUGGUGCCAGAGCUUCGUGAGUACUGCCUCCCCGGGCCUGUGCUCUGUGCCGCCUGUGGUGGGGAUGGCCACAUGUACCACAGCACCCCCUCAAACCUCUGUGUGGUAGACUUGACUCGGAGAGAAACUCCUUGGAACCCUGAGAAGCCAGACGGAGCCGUAGGAGGUCUGCCCUCCACGCUGUGCCCAGCCAGCUUGAACAUCUGCAGCGCUGUCACUCUCUACGUAUCCUCCAGCGCAUCUACAGGUAGCACCGAGCUCCUGGCCUUGUCUUCCAAAGGACGUCUGAUCACCUGCAGCCUGGACUUGAACUCAGAGGUGCGUGUGCCUGCCAAAAUGGCUAUGGCAAAUGCAGGCCAGAAAAUUAAGGAGCUGCUCUUGGACAUCGGUGAUGUGUCUGAGAGAGUGUCCUUUCUGAAGAAAGCUGUUGACCAGCGCAACAAGGCCAUAACAAGUCUCAACGAGGCCAUGAAUGUGAGCUGUGCCCUGCUGUCCAGCCAGGAGGGUGUCCGGCCCAUCUCAUGUACCAUUGCUAUCUCCUGGAGCCGCCUGGAGUUGCGAGACGUGCUGAUGGCCACCUGCACGCUAGAAAACAGUAGCAGCUUCAGCCUGGACCAGGGCUGGACCUUGUGUAUUCAGGUGCUUACCAGUUCCUCUGCCUUAGACCUGGAUGGGGCUGGCUCAACUUUUACCUACACCAUUCCAGUGGACAGACUUGGCCCAGGAAGUCGGCGGGAAGUGACAUUGCCCCUGGGCCCUAGUGAGAGUGGCAUGCUUGACCUGCCAGUGACCAUGUCCUGCUGGCUCUUCUACAGCCUCAGGGAGGUGGUGGGUGGGGCCCUGGCCCCUUCAGAUCCUCUAGAGGUCCCCUAUCUGGAGAAGCUUCCUCUCAACCUUCCUAAGCAAGAGGGUGUCUGCCUGCCCCUGUGCAAGCGCACAGUGGACAUGCUGCAGUGUCUGCGCUUCCCGGGUGUGGCCUCACCACCUGCACAGGCGCCCUGCGCGCCUGGCCCUGCCUGUGAGCCUGUGGAAACCUUCCUGAAGACCUGCCAAGCCCCUGGCAGUGAGCCAACUGGCGCUGCCUCCCUACGGGCCAAGUACCUGCCUCCAUCCACAGCAUCCAUCAGGGUGUCAGCGGCGCUCCUCAGGACUGCCCUGGAGGGCGGUCACUCAGGUUCCCACCUGUGCAGCGCCACCCUGCAGUGGCUCCUUGCUGAGAACGCUGCUGUGGAUGUUGUGAGGACCCAGACACUGUCUUCCAUCCAGGGAAUAGCCCCAGAUGGUACUGAUGUCAACCUCAUCGUCCAUGAGGUCGCUGUGACGGAUUUGAGCCCCGCUGGGCCCAUCCAGGCUGUGGAGAUCCAAGUGGAGAGCUCCUCUCUGGCCAACAUGUGCAGGGCGCACCAUGCCAUCAUCAGACGAAUACAGACUAUGGUCACAGAGCAGGCUGCCCAAGGCUCCAGCCCACCUGACCUCCGAAUACAGUAUCUGCACCAGAUCCAUGCCAACCACCAGGAACUGCUCCGGGAGGUGCAGACACUGCGGGACCAGUUGUGUACGGAGGAUGAAGUCAGCUCCUACUCCACAGCCCAGAAGCUCCUGCAGGUUUACAAGCAGCUACGCAACCCUAGCCUUGUCCUGUUGUGACUAGCUGCUGGCCAGCUUCUCCCCACGGCAGGACACCCCUCAGGCUGGUUCUGGGGCUGGCCUGGCAGCACCCCUCCACUGCAACCUCUGCACCCCUGAUGGGAAGGAUCGUUGCCCAAGUACUCGGGCCAUGGAGACACAGGGUUUCUGGGGCUCAGACUUGUGGGUUUAGGACUGUUCUGCUGCUGACCCCACCACAUCCCAGGAGCACUGGCUGCCUCUGGAGCCACCAGGUGGCAGAGUGCUCACCCUCAACCAAAGCACAAAGACCAUGGGAGGGCUCCUAUAGAUGCGGCCGCCGCCGGCCCAAGCUGCCUCCAGCCGGUGUUCCAGCCUCCUCCUCAGCUGGGCAGUGCCCUGCUGCUGGUGGUGCUGCUGUCCUCACUACGGGAGGAGAGCGUGUCUGCAGGGCUGUCUGUGAGGUGCUGUGCCGACAAGCUGCUCUUCCCAUGACGCGUGUCAGGUGAUGUUUACUUCUUCCCUCACCCUCUUCACAGCCUGCUCUGCUCUGCCCAGCUGGGUGGGUAGCCCGUCCCAGCUUCCACAGUGCCCAGCUACCCUCCACCAGGGCUCCUGUGGCCAUUUGGGGCCAGAGAUCUGCCCCUCAAGGUCUGGACAGACUGGGCUCCUGCCACCCUCACCUCACAGGGUAUUUGCAUAGGUGUUUGUCAGUCCUACAGGACAGAGUCCUCCAUGGAGGCCGUUAGGAAAUGGAAUGGCCUCUGGACACACCUGCAGUCUGUACAAGCCUGGCUUUUAUAACAAGGUGCUCAGUGUCAGGGUUGCCGGCUUACCUUGCCUGCUGGCCUGCUAAGAACCCUGUCCACAGCUUGUCCCCAAGGCUACCCUUGCCACCUUCCGAGUGGGAGCCUCUAGCUACAUCAUGCAGUGUGCCUGACUGUCAGCUCUGACCAAGUUAGCGAGGCUGGGUCAGCCCACAGGACAGCAGGCCUGCCUUGGAGCAGAGAGGUCUCCCAGGCUGAACUGGCUUCUGUCUCUGUCAGAGCUGACAUUUUCUAGUGUCCCCUACCUGCCAUUAUAGUCCUCAGAAAUUGCAAGGUUUGUCUUUAGCCUAAACUCCAGCAGGUCCUGGGGAUGGGGCACCAGGGCUUGGCCUUGUUCACCUUGGCACUGGUGGAAUUAGUAGGGCCCAGCACCAGUCUUAGCUGGAGAGUCUCACUUGAGCUGUCAUCAUGGAGUAAGAGCCACCAUUAUUCCAGCGGGGUCCCCCAGUCUUGUCCAGCACCUGUGUGAUGUCCCCCACACAUGCCAGGUAACGCCUGACCUCCGGGAUACUGCAGGCCGUGGUCCCACCAGCUUCUGAGACCUAGCCUGCUCAGGCUGCUAAGGUCAGCUCCGAGAGUUAAUAGGGAUGCCCUGAUGUGUGACCCUUGUCGCUCUGAGUAAGCCAAGGACAGUCCCUUUCUUAUUCCUAAGGGUAGGGUGGGUAUCCAACCAUAACUUCCUUCCCAGCAUGCCUCCUGCCUUUCCUGCCAGCCAUACAUUGCCUCCCCACCCCCACACAUGCUCUGGCUGAGUGACUUCUUGUCUUAGACUUACAACUCUCCCUGGGUCUCAUUUGCCCUGAGUACUUGGAGAGGGCUUUAGGGCCCCAAGUAGGGUCAGGUCAGCCUAUGUUAGGAUGGCCUUCCUCAAUCUCUGACCCAAAGCCUAGCAACUGCUGGAGCAAGGUGGGGUGAGGGGACAGAGGCAGCCCCACUUCCAGCCACGGCCCUGCCCUAAGGUUGCUGGAAGAUGGGGAGAUCCUUGCACAGAAGGGUGAAGACCCCUAAGGGUGGGCUCCAGGUGCAUACCCUUCCCGUCCCCAAGCUGGGUGGUGUGAGCCCAGCGCAGCUGCACAACAAAGGUUUAAUGUUGGGUCGGUGGCACUGGGGUCGCCCCUGAGUCCUCAGUACUCCCAGAGAGCUUCCCCCAUAGGCAGGUCUGCAUCAGCACGCAACAGCCCCGAGGCGCCGCCACGCAGGUACUUGCCACUGAGGGCACGGAUGGCCAAGCGGCCACGCUCUCGGAACUCGAAGAGGAAAUCUUCCGCCAUGUCGCCGUCACUGCACACGCUUCCGUGGCUGCCAAUGUACCAGAACCCAGCUCCGCGGCCUGGGGGCAAGGCUGGAGGUCGGCAGGGCCCGCGGACCCCAUGCCUCCCAUUGCCUCCCUGCAUCCUUUGUUCCCGCACCUCUGAUCUGAUAGGCGCCAUCCCUGAAGCUCAGGUGGAAGACAUCGUAGGUGGAGCGGUUGGUGUCCAGCUGGUUGGAUCCUCGGCGGUGGCAGACAAAACCAUCCAGACCACGCAGCACCAGGAUGGGUCGGUUGAUGAGUUUAAGGAUGAACAAUUCGUCUUCGCCUAAGGGAGAGGACGCUAUGGACUGCUCCUGCCCCUACUUGUCCUAUGCAGGCCGUGGACUUGGGGGUCCAGGUGGGCCACUGCCUGGUGUGCUGCUGUGGCAAGGAACCUAACGGACAGAGCCUAGACGUUCCUAAUGUACAGGGGCUAAGGAAGUACCCAGGGUUCCCCAAAGACAGUAAAGGAAAAGACCCUGGGAUCUGA